UAAAUAAUCUAUUAUGUGUAAUAAAAUAAAUAGCGGACAGUCUGAGACCUGAACUCAGAUGUUUUUGUUGCAGAUUAUCUUGCUACAUCGACCAUCUUGAACAGGCCAUGGGUUGACGUAGUCGCAUAAUUGUCAAUGACAUGCGCAUUUGGGUUGUUGUUGAGUUUGUUAUGACAGGUUGAGGCCUCGGACUAAAUUAGGAAAGGAACCCUGUCUAUGUCCAGGGAAAUCCACGAUGGAGGGCAUGGAUUUGGACCUGGACCCGGAGUUAAUGCAGAAAUUUAGCUGCAUGGGCACUACCGAUAAGGACAUCCUCAUAGCCGAGUUUCAGAGAAUGCUUGGGUUUCAACUGAACCCGGCUGGAUGCGCCUUCUUCUUGGACAUGACCAAUUGGAACUUACAAGCAGCCAUCGGCGCCUACUAUGACUUUGAAAGCCCCAACAUCAACGCACCAUGCAUGUCUUUUGUUGGGGAUGUGACGAUCGGGGAGGGGGAGUCUGUUCCCCCUGACACGCCAUUCACUAAGACGUGGAGGAUACAGAACACAGGAGCCGAGUCUUGGCCCCCUGGGGUAUGUCUGAAGUAUGUUGGAGGGGACCAGUUUGGUCAUGUGAACAUGGUGAUGGUGCGCUCAUUAAACCCCCAGGAGAUGGCUGAUGUCAGCGUGCAGAUGCGCAGCCCCCUUUCCCCUGGCAUGUACCAGGGCCAGUGGAGGAUGUGCACAGCCACCGGACUCUUCUAUGGGGAUGUGAUCUGGGUAAUCGUCAGCGUGGAGGUGGGAGGCCUCCUGGGCGUGACGCAGCAGAUGUCCUCCUUCCAGGCCGAGUUCAACACCCAGCCUGCCCGCAACGUGGAGGGAGACUACAACCCCUUCGCCUCGCCACAGAAACACGCCGGUGGCCACGAUAACGGUCACCGUGACGACAGCGGCCUCAAGGACCCUGCGGACGUCUGGGAGGGUGGCCCGGACCGAAUGCAGCAAGAGCAAAAUGGACUGUCACACAACUCUGUGAAUAUAGCAACAAACGGGCUCCAAAGCAACCUAGUGACUUACAGUCAGGGUAUUCGCGAACCCUAUCCUUUUGGGCAGUCUUAAAACAUGGGAAACAUCGUCACAUCCAGGUAGCACUGUGUUCCUGGAUUCACACCAUCUAUUGAAGGAGGAGUCUUUACUUGUGGCUGGUGGAGUAUCCUGAGAUUCAUACAAACACUUAUGCAAAGUUCCCCCUCCACUUUACGCAACACACACGGAAACCAGAAGACAAAGCUGCUCUGUUCUCCCAGCAUACGACUCAACCAACAAGAUCCCACAUCCAGUGUAUGCAUGUGUGAAUGCUAAGUUAAAAAUGAGUGCUACAAAUCUUUUUUUAAAGAGAUGAGAUACAAGUAUUUUUUUUUUGUUAUUUAGUUGUCGUGUCCGAAUGCUGUUGAGACUACACUGAUGAAAGGAGGAGUGUGUGUUUGCGUCGGAGUGUGCAUGUGCGUGGGUAUGUGUGUUUGCGUGGUUUAUGCAACCUGAAAGAGACAGACUAGGGAGGAAAAGCCAUUUAUUUUGCGUACUGAUCCUCUAGUUCCUAAGCUGACUUUUAAAAAAGUAACCUCUCUUCUUUUCAUACUUUUUAAAAUCCUAAUUUCACAGUGUAUACUUUUUAGGGACAGGAGAAUAAUUCAGCAAAUUUAGCAGCCUGAUAAGCAUGUAUUGUUUUUUAUGUUUUUCUGGUAACAACAAAGUAAGAACAGCUUAUUCACAUGCAAAUCCCAUUUGCUGUAGCUUCACUUUUGAUUGUUGGUUGGUUCUGUUACUCUGAAGUUGAGCUACAGUAUAUCCAUCCACUAGAGGGAGGUCUUAAUCAAAAUUGCAGUUUCCCACUUACCAAUUGGUUAAAAAAAUAACCAUAAACUAACAUUUACUCAAAGGACCCUCCAUGUCAGGAUCAAUACUUGGAAAGUAGAUUAUAUCACCAUCCUGUAGGUUCAAUUUGUUUUAAUAGGGCUUCAUCAUUUUGUUCUGUGAGAUUGCAAAAGUCCACAUGUUGCAAAGCAGUGUCGUUUCUUGGUUUUGUAAUCUUGAGUUGAAUGUAUUUGCUGAAUGUAGAGCUAUGUUGUUUUGAAGCAUUUUUGUUUUAUCUGCCCAAAGAUCUUUUACAUUUGCCUUGAAGACACAGCUUCAUUUAAGGUUUUCAGAUUUUCUAGCUAUUUUUGUUAAUUAUUGUUUAUUCCAAAGCCCAGGAAAAUGAAUCUGUUCUUGAGAGAACAUUCUGAAAUUACAAUUAGUGUCCUCUUGCUCAGACAAUGUUAAACCCAAUCAUUUAUUCAAGUAUACAGGCCUUCAAUUCAUUAGUCCCUCAAAAGACUAUAUUUUAAAGAAUGUUUUAAAUUACUUGCACUAACUGGCUAAUCUCUAUGCACUGAGUAGUUUGGCCUCUAGCCCAAACGGGAGAUAUUUUACUAUUGCUCCUUAUGAUGGCCAGUUGUCUUUAUGCUUCAGUUUCAUGCCUGGUAGGCUACAUGCCUGGUAGGCUACAUGCCUGGUAGGCUACAUGCCUGGAACACUACAUGCCUGGUAGGCUACAUGCCUGGUAGGCUACAUGCCUGGGACACUACAUGCCUGGUGGUAGGCUACAUCUGUGGUCCUCCUCGGUUUUGUUAUCUUUCCAUCUGCAACCAGUGAUUGACUUUGAAAACCUGGCUUGCAAGAUUACAUUUUUCAAAUAUUUACUAUUUACUUCAUUACAUUGGGGCAGUUGGGCAACAAACGGCAGCAAACUCAUUUGCCCCCAGGGAUGAUUGCCUCUACUUUGACAAUGUCACAGCAGUGUCAUUGUCCAGAACCACACCUCCUGUCAUAGCUAAUCUGCCUAUGUUACAGUUAUGCCCUGAAAGCAUUUAGUAAUAUCUUCGAUCAAGUGCAUGUGCUCUUCAAAUUUAUGAAGCAAGGUAAUGACAAAUGUUUCUCCUCGUCGUAACAGGUAUACACUGCCCAUUAAUCUCCUUGGUUGUGUCUCAAAUUUCCCCCUAUUCCCUUUAUAGUUUCCUUACUAUAUAGGGAACCAUAAGGGACACAUCCCACAUUCGUAUGUUUUUUGUUUACAGUCGGAUGUCACGUAUUGAGUGAUACAUAGCUUUUUUUUUUAGGGGGUAUGAUAGAUUUUUCUUUCUGUGAAGUUUUCAGGGGUCAGAAUGGUGAAUGGAUGACUUUUGGAAUUCUACAGCAGAACAUAUACGAGACAGAGUCAGAGCAAAGCCUUUUUCCUGUAUGUUUGAACGAACGUUUGUAUGAUUAAAUUAUCACUGAAAACAAAA